GGCGCUACAUGGCGCACCACCCGGUCAUCACCAACGGCGCCUACAACAGCCUCCUCUCCAACGCGGCGGCCCCGCAAGGCUACCCGGCCGCCGGCUACCCGUACCCGCAGCAGUACGGCCCCUCGUACCAGGGCUCGCCCUUCUACCAGUUCCCCUCCGCCCAAGGCGGGCUGGUGCCGGGCAAGGCGCAGGUCUACCUCUGCAACCGGCCCCUCUGGCUGAAGUUCCACCGCCACCAGACCGAGAUGAUCAUAACCAAGCAAGGCAGGCGGAUGUUCCCUUUCUUAAGUUUUAAUAUUUCUGGUCUGGAUCCCACGGCUCACUACAAUAUUUUUGUGGAUGUCAUCCUGGCCGACCCGAAUCACUGGAGAUUUCAAGGCGGCAAAUGGGUUCCUUGCGGCAAAGCGGACACCAACGUCCAAGGAAACCGGGUCUAUAUGCACCCCGACUCACCCAACACGGGAGCCCAUUGGAUGCGCCAGGAAAUCUCCUUCGGGAAGUUGAAGCUGACCAACAAUAAAGGGGCCUCCAACAACAACGGGCAGAUGGUGGUCUUGCAGUCCCUCCACAAAUACCAGCCCCGCUUGCACGUGGUGGAGGUGAACGAAGACGGCACCGAGGACACCAGCCAGCCCGGCCGCGUGCAGACGUUCACCUUCCCGGAGACGCAGUUCAUCGCCGUCACCGCCUACCAGAACACCGACAUCACACAGCUGAAGAUAGAUCACAAUCCUUUCGCAAAAGGCUUUCGAGACAAUUAUGACACUUAUCAAGCAGACGAGGACUCAGUUGAUUGGAUUCUGGGUUCCAAGCCAGGCAGCGAUCCUCUCCCGCUCUGGAUCUCCAGGAUCUACACCGGCUGCGACAUGGACCGCCUGACCCCGUCGCCCAACGACUCCCCGCGCUCGCAGAUCGUGCCGGGCGCCCGCUACGCCAUGGCGGCGGCGGCGGCGGCGGGCUCCUUCCUGCAGGACCAGUUCGUCAGCAACUACGCCAAGUCGCGCGGCUUCCACCACCCGCACGCCCACCCCCACGCCCACCCGCACGGCCACGGCCACCCAGGGGCCGGCGCGCAAUCGAGAGUAAACCCGGCAGCUUCCUUGCAGCUUGCUCCUAGGCAGGUGUGCAUGGGACUGCAGCCGUACAGCUGCCCCCUCACGGAGCCGGAGGCCCGAAGGUCGCAGUUAACCGGCUUUGUGGUGGCCUCGAAAGAUUUCCAAGCAAACUUGCUUUUUGAACUCUCACCGCCUUCCCAGCUCCAUGUAGGAUAUGCGAAAGUCUUGGGCGUGCUUAGCCGCUCCCGGGCAAUUUACCGGUUUUGUUUUUGA